UGGCGCUGAGGUCCUCCUAGGAAUACGAGAAUGCCUCACCUAGCGUCGGGAGACCUUUAACGACAGUUAGCUACUGUCCAGGAUGGGGCCUGGUGGGGGUUCGGUGGGUCAUCACACGACCCAGGACCCAGUCGCCCAGAUGAACACCUUCCGCUCAUAUGUGUCCAUGCUGGCUGACCCUGGCUCAAAGGACGAAAACAAACUCAAAGCUGCACAAGCUCUCAGUGAAGAUCUGGAGGCCAUUGUAGCCUCGCCACAGUACCCAUCAUUCCUGGAACAUGCCAUGAAAAUCUUUAUCAAGAUCCUGAGUGAGGGAGAUCCACUCUUCAUAUCAGAGUACAAUAUUCAGCAACUUCGGAAAUUGAUUCUGGAGAUGAUUCACAGACUGCCCAGCAAUGAGCAGUUAAAGACAUAUCUGCGGCCUAUACUUACCCUCAUGUUUCGCCUGUUAGAGACUGACAAUGAGGAAAAUGUCAUGGUCUGUCUUCGCAUUAUCAUUGAACUCCACAAGACUUUCAGACCGCAGUUUAGCCCAGAGAUCCAGCAGUUUCUUCAGUUUGUCAAAAAUAUGUACCAAGACCUGCCCAACCACAUGAAUAAGAUCUUUGAACCUCGGCCUGUAAUACGUGUAACUGAUCUCUCGGAGGUUAAUGUCGAGGCGCUCCUGCAAGAGACUUUCACCAUUACACCUAUUCACACAGAGAAAAAGUUGCAGGAUGGCACCUCCAUAACUUAUAAUGUAAUCCCUCGUGCGGUGCUGUCCUUAAAGGUACUGACAGAAUUGCCCAUUAUUGUGGUGCUGAUGUUUCAGCUGUACAAACAGCAGGUUUACCAAGAUGUAGCUGACUUCAUCCCUCUCAUCAUGAACACAAUUGUUCUCCAACCAUUUGCACAACACAGGGAGCAUGAAUCGUUCAACAAGGAAGUGUUUGUUGACCUUAUUGCUGCACAGAUCAAGACUCUGUCCUUUUUAGCAUACAUCCUGAAGAUCUACCAAGAUGUGGUUGCACAGCACUCUACAAAACUGGUCACUGGGAUGCUCACGCUCCUCUCUCUCUGCCCCAAUGAAGUGGCUCAUCUGCGCAAGGAGCUGCUGAUUGCCACGAAGCACAUCUUGGCACUUGAACUAAGAAAUAGAUUUGUCCCUCAUAUUGAUAAGCUGUUUGACGAGAGCCUUUUGUUUGGAAGAGGCUGGACGGCGCAUGAAACCCUCCGCCCAUUGGCAUACUCAACAUUGGCAGACUUGGUUCAUCAUGUCCGUCAGCAGCUGGACAUGGGAGCCCUGACCCGUGCUGUCCAUCUCUUUUCGAAGAAUAUACAUGAUGAGACUCUUCCCACAAGCAUCCAAACAAUGUCAUGCAAACUGUUGCUUAACUUGGUAGAUUGCAUUCGGUCUCGCAGUGAGGCUAAUCCUAAUGAGCCAGGAGCAGGCAGGGACCUAUUGAUCCGUAUGCUUCAUGUCUUUGUGAAUAAGUUUAAGACUAUUGCACAGCUCCAGUUGCCGUACCUGAAAAACAAACAACAGCUCAACAGUGCAUCAAGCAGUUCUCCUGCAAAUAACAGCAGUGGAACAUCCAGUAAUAGCACAGCAGGUCCAGAGGAGAGGAAGGAAGACAUUAGACUAAGCAUAACAGAAAUGGACAACAAAGACAAAGAGUCCCAGAGGAUUGGCUUUCCACCGAAUGUGACAGUGAAUUACAGUGUGUCAGACUGUCGAGCACUAGUCAAGACCCUUGUUUGUGGAGUCAAGACAAUUACAUGGGGUUGUGCCUCGUGCAAGUCAGCAGUUGAUCCUGGUCUCACCCUCAACAAGUCCUUUCAUCCAAAGGAAACCCUUGUAUUUAUCCGUCUAGUCAAGUGGGCCAUGCAGGCAUUGGAUAUCUACACACUAAAUGCACCCGGUAACCAACAGCCUUCUGGUCAGCGAGGACAGGUGCCUCAGACUGUCAGGUCCAAAGAGGAGAAAGAAGUAUUAGAACACUUUGCUGGAGUCUUUAUCAUGAUGAAUCCAGCCACGUUCAGAGAAAUAUUUUCCACAACUAUUGAUUAUGUUGUUGAGCGGAUAUACCACAAUACCGCACUGCAGAUUGUAGCCAAUUCCUUCCUUGCCAAUUCUACAACUUCACCAAUAUUUGCCACCAUACUUGUGGAAUAUCUCUUGGGUCACAUGGAAGAAAUGGGAACCUCCAUGGACAGAUCUAAUUUAUACCUGAAGUUAUUCAAACUAGUCUUUGGGUCGGUGUCACUCUUUGCAGCAGAGAAUGAGCAGAUGUUGAAGCCCCACCUCCAUCAAAUAGUCAACCGGUCAAUGGAGCUGGCCAUGAGUGCAAAGGAUCCCUACAACUACUUUUUGUUGUUGCGAGCCCUCUUCAGGUCUAUUGGAGGAGGUAGCCACGACUUGCUGUAUCAGGAGUUUCUACCUCUGUUGCCCACACUCCUGCAGGGACUCAACAGCCUGCAAAGUGGCCUACACAAGCAACACAUGAAGGACCUAUUUGUAGAGCUGUGUCUUACUGUACCUGUGAGAUUAUCCUCUCUGCUGCCAUACCUCCCAAUGCUCAUGGAUCCUUUGGUGUCGGCUCUUAAUGGCUCACAGACUCUCAUUUCACAAGGACUCAGGACCCUUGAACUGUGUGUGGACAACCUUCAGCCUGACUUUCUGUAUGAGCACAUUCAGCCAGUGAGGGCAGAGUUAAUGCAGGCUCUUUGGAAGACACUCAGGAAUCCCAAUGACACCAUUGCUCAGGUGGCCUUCCGUGUCCUUGGAAAGUUUGGUGGUGGGAACAGGAAGAUGAUGAUCGAACCACAAAAGUUAGAAUAUAGUGAACAGGAGACCCCAAGUACCUGUAUCACUAUCCACUUCUCAGAGCACAAGUCCCCCAUCAUGCUGCCAGUUGAGAAAAUAAUUGAGACAGCUUUCACUGCCCUCAAGACCUCCACUACGGAACCCUGGUACAGGCGCCAGUGCUGGGAGGUGAUCCGCUGCUUCCUCAUUGGCUCCAUGCAGUUUGAUGAGGAAAAGCACAUGGUCAACAAGUUGUUCACACACCCUAACUUCAGGGAAGAGGAGCUCUUAACAGUGCAUGGACCAUACUAUAAGUGUCCUGAUGAACAAGCAAGGCAAGUGCACCAGAUGGCUGUAACUGCCAUGUUUGUUGCAGCAGCCAUUAAGGAUCUUCGGAAGAGUGUAUUGCCGACAAUGGUGUCGCUAGUAAGGCAUUACACAAUGGUUGCCAUUGCGCAACAAGCUGGACCUUUCAACAUGAUGGGUCGCUGGACCAAGGUACAGGGGAUGGAUCCUCUUGUUCUGAUUGAUGCUCUAGCUGUCAUUAUGGGACAUGAAGAGAAGGAACUCUGUAAACCAGGACACCUAGCACUUGUUCUCAUCAUGGAAGCUGCCACAAAUAUUCUUGGAACAAAGGAGAGAGCUUGUCAGUUGCCUCUCAUGGAAUAUCUUGUGGAGAAGAUGUGUGGUCUCUGUUAUGAACGUGCUUGGUAUGCAAAGCUUGGUGGGUGCAUUGCUAUCAAGUUUUUAUUUGAGCGUAUGGCACUCAAAUGGGUUUUAGAACACCAAUUCCCAUUUUUGCGUGCAUUGCUCUUUGUCAUGAUGGACCUGACAGGUGAGGUCUCAAGUGGUGCAGUAGAUAUGGCCAAAAAUAAUCUGGAGAGGAUGUUGCAGGUAUGUGGAGCUCCACUGGAAGGAGAAAAUAACACUGAUGAAAUGAGACAGAUACAGAGCAAAUCCCUUCAUGAUGUAACCCAUGAGUUGGUACGGCAGGUCACAUCUCCAAACACAACAGUGAGAGAGCAAGCCAUGCAGAGUCUUCAUGUUCUAGCAAAACUUAGUGGCAGAGGAGUCACUGAAGUGAUGCAGCCUCACAAAGAUGUAUUAGCAGACAUGAUUCCACCUAAGAAACAUCCUCUGCGACAACAACCAGCCAAUGUUCAGAUUGGUCUGAUGGAUGGCAACACAUUCUGUACUACCCUGGAACCUCGCCUAUUUACUCUUGACCUCAGCCUACAAGAGCAUAAAUUCUUUUUCUCAGAAUUACACAUGCUGGUAGAGACAGAAGACUCCUACUUAGCAAAACUCUCUUGUUACAAAAACAUAGGAAAUCUUGUGCCUUUAAGGAAGUCUGCCCUGAAGGCUCUUGCUGCCUGUCAUUAUAUCCCUCAGAUAAGAGAGAAAAUCUUCCCAACUCUGUAUAAAGCGUUGAAUAAUUCAUCGCAUCCUGAGCUCCAAGAGACUGCUUUUGAAUGCCUAAAGAAAUUCCAGAGUGGAUGCCAGGUAGACAUGGAGAUGGUCCAUUCUGCUAUGCGUCCUUUGCUUGGGCAGCUGUUUCACCAUAGAAGUGUCACUCUGCCUGUCAUUCACAGACUCUCUUACUUGACCCAACUCUUCCCAUACACCUUUAAUGAAAAGCUAUGUGAGCAACUCACACAACACUUAAAAAACCUAAUAGAAAUGGCUAUUAUGAGCAGAAAGCAAAAUACAUCUGUGACCAAACAGGAUAAUAAUGACCUCAAGCUUUGUGCCAACAUUGUUGGUAUUUUCCACCAGAUUCCAGCAGCAUCAGCAAGAUUUGUAGAAGCAUUGUGUAAGCUUGUGUUGCAGACGGAAAGAGCUCUAUUGAUUGAGGCUGGUAGCCCCUUCAGAGACCCACUAAUGAAGUUCUUGUUACGUUACCCUGCUGAAACUGUUGAAUUGUUCCUCUCAGAGCCCCAUGCCCGUGAUCAACAAUGGGGAAGAUACCUAGAGUUCCUAGUACGGCACAAAGAGAGCAGUCCAUUCCGCCAACACUUACAGACAUGUACAGACAAGGUUCUGACUGUGCUCCUUGCAACCCCAACAGCUGUACAAAUUGCAGGACUUCAGCAGCAGCACUACCAGCAACAGCCUCUCACCAUUGCAGACCAGGCACAACUUCAGUACUUGGCCAUUCGCAUCAUUUUACUGCUGUCUCGACAGGAUGACCAGUGGCUUGCAGCUCAAAGCCAGCUAGUUAUGGCAAUAAGGAAUCUUUGGAUUUCUGAUGAAUUCCAAGAGCGACAUCACUCUGCUGAGAACACUGAUUUCAUCCACUGGAAGGAACCUCGCAUGGUGGUGUCAAUUCUUUUGAUGUAUUUCAAGCAUCAUACAGAUGACAUUAAUCUGCUGUUCCAACUACUACGAGCAUUUAUUGGGAGAUUUAUUCCGGACUUCCAGUUCUUGCGAGAUUUCCUUGAACAAACAGUUGCUCAAACCUACACUGUAGACUGGAAGAGAUCAGCUUUCUUCCAGUUUGUGGAGGUCUUUGAAGAUGUGUCAGUAGCACAGGAAUUGAAGGCUGUUAUACUGCAGUACAUCAUCAUCCCUUGCCUCACGGUUAGCUUGGAGAAUGGGGAUGGAGACAGGCUCAUAGGAUACCCUCCUGCACCAGACCAAGACCAUCCUGACAAUGUUGUCUCAGUUUUCAUCACACGAGUCAUCAACCCAGACGAGCCUUUUGUGUACAGCGAUGCAGUAAGGAUUCUGCUGCUGCAGCUCUCCUGUCUGUUGGUGGAGCAGGCUUCGGCUCACAUCCAUGAUGCAGGCAACAAGAGACAGGGUCAGAAAUUGAGGCGCCUCAUGACAUUUGCUUGGCCUUGUUUGCUCUCAAAGAACUGUGUGGAUCCAGCCACCAAAUACCAUGGACACCUCCUUCUUUCACACAUCAUUGCCAAGUUUGCCAUCCAUAAGCGCAUUGUACUGCAAGUGUUCCAUAGCCUCUUGAAAGCCCAUGCUAUGGAAGCAAGAUCUGUGGUACGACAGGCCCUGGAGAUCCUAACCCCUGCAAUGCCAGUCCGCAUGGAAGACGGCAACACAAUGCUGACACACUGGACCCGCAAAAUCCUUGUGGAAGAGGGUCACUCUGUAGGACAGCUGGUUCACAUCCUGCAGCUGGUGGUUCGACAUGCCACUGUGUACUAUCCGGUGCGACACCACCUCACUCACCACAUUACGCAGGCAAUGCAUCGCCUAGGGUUCACACCCACAGCAAACUUGGACCAAAGGAGACUUGCGGUUGAUUUAGCAGAGGUAUGUAUUAAAUGGGAAGAAGAAAGAGUUAGAGAGGAGACAGAUGCUGAUGGUGGCAGUGAAUUAGCCCAGCAACUCCACCAACCAGGUGGUAUAAAGCGCUCCUCAUCGACUGAUGGCCCCGAGGCAAAGAGGGCAAGAGUGUCUGUAGGAGCAAGUUCCCGGGGAAGUAUUGAUGCCACAAAACCCAUGGAAAAAUCACAUGCUGAUGCUGUUGUUUACUUUUUGCUACGACUGGCAUGUCAGGUAAAUGAAAGCACAACCACACCUGGAACUGUAGCUCCUGGUGAAGCACUGUCUAGGCGCUGUGUGGCACUGCUGAAGCGAGCUCUCAAACCAGACAUGUGGCCACAUGCUGACCCCAAGUUGGCGUGGCUGGAUAAACUUUUCCUCAACUUAGAGUCAACACAGCCAAACCUGGCAAACGUUUGUGUUGGCUUGGAAGUUCUGACAUACCUCAUUGGGACUUUGAGGCGUGAGCAGAUCCUGGGAGCAAUGAGAGGCUUGACAAGAGGAUUGGUGGCUUGUAUGGCCUGUAGUAACUCUCGUGUUGUCCGCCUCACACACACGCUGCUGGCCAGGCUCAUGUCCACAUUUCCUACUGAGCCAACAUCCGCCACUGUGGCUUCCCGCUUUGAAGAGCUUGAAGAUCUGUAUUCCAGAAUUGCCAAGAUUGUCUUUGAAGGUCUGACAUCGUAUGAGAAAAAUGCCAAUGCUUCUCCUACGUCACUCUUUGGCACACUGAUGAUCCUGAAAGCAGCAUGCCAGAACAAUCCAUGCUACAUCGAUCGCCUCAUCAUGCCCUUCAUGAAGGUCUUGCAGAGGAUGGCAAGAGACCAUCUCAACCAUCCUUCCACGGAUAACAGCACAGUGGGUAGUGAACUGUUGAUCCUGUCUCUUGACUUGGUGAAGAACCGUGUGGGAGUGAUGGGUGUGGAAAUGGGCAAGGCUUUUAUUGGCACCAUUUUAGUUGGCCUCAUUGAGAAGACUCCUGAUGUCAAGGUCAUGAAGGCUAUCACCAAGAUGGUGGAAGAAUGGGUCAAAAACAAAACUCCAAUUGCCAUCAAUCAAGGUCCAAGUUUGCGUGAGAAGUCCAUACUUUUGGUAAAACUCAUGCAGUAUGUAGAGAAAAGAUUCUCAGAGGAUACAGAGCUAAUGGCUCAGUUCUUGGAGUUGGUCAAUCAUGUUUACCGUGAUGAGACGCUGAGGAAUACAGAACUCACUGCGAAACUUGAGCCUGCCUUCUUGGCUGGUUUACGGUGCACACAGCCUCCCAUUAGAGCCAAAUUUUUCCAGGUGUUCCAUGAGAGCAUGAGAUCCCGCUUGAGUGAUCGGCUGCUGUAUAUCAUCUGUUCUCAAAACUGGGACCACAUGGGACCACACUACUGGAUCAAACAGUGCAUUCAACUUCUCCUCGUUACAGCUCAGCAGAGUACUCAGAUCCAGAACUCGUCACAACAGGUGCUUCUGCCAGGAGUAACAGCUGUGAUUAACUGGGCAGAUGCAGCUGAGAGAGCUAACUUCUCGGUCUUUGCCAGCAUAAAGGAAGAGGCGUCUGACCUUGAUCAGGCCCUAGAUUCCUCUGUAGAUAAGGAGGUAAAGAGCCAGUCUGUCACGCUGCCACUCGAGGAUGAGAUAGACAUCGAGCUAUCAUCAGUCCCUGCAGACGGUGCCCAGUCUAUUGAUGGGAAUGUGAAGAGUCAGGCCAAUCCUAAGGCCAAUUUGCACCUGUUGUUGUCAAGACAGUCAAAGUUUAUGGAGAGUGUCAAGGAAGUGACGACUUGGCAGUUCCUGUAUGCGGUGUCGCAGCUGUGCCACAUGGACACCAACCUGGCUGAAUGGGUGUGGCUUCAGUUCUUCCCCCGCACUUGGAAGAUCCUCAGCGAGAAACAACAGCAGGGGAUUGCAAGCGAGGUGAUUCCAUUCCUCUGUUCUGGAUCACAUGUCAUCCAGAAAGACUGCCAUCCCUCAGCCCUCCACACCUUCACAGAGGCCCUGGCACAGUGCCAACCACCAGUGCCCAUCAGACCAGCAAUAAUGAAGUACCUAGGGAAGAGCCACAACCUUUGGCACCGCAUGACCCUUCUCCUAGAGCAGGCUGCUUUGGAACAGGGUGCCAUGACUGCUCCCAGGUCUACUAAGAAGGACCUGUAUGACUCCUAUGACAUGGAGCCUGUCACAAAUCCCCAACAGGAGAUACUAGACUCUCUCUCAGAGAUGUAUUCCCUGUUGAAAGAAGAGGACCUUUGGGCUGGACUGUGGCAGACAGUAGCCCACUAUCACGAGACAAGACUGGCUGUGACCUUUGAGCAACAUGGGUUCUUAGAGCAAGCACAGGCAGCCUAUGAAUUGGCCAUGACAAAGGCCCGAACGGACAUGGCAGUUAGACCGGCCCCAGUCAAAUUGCAGUCAGAGAUGAAGCUCUGGGAGGAUCGAUGGAUAAGAUGUGCAAAGGAGCUGAACCAGUGGGACUUAGUGCAAGAGUAUGGUAGUAGCGAAGCAUCAGGGAAUGCUUUGCUGGUCCUUGAGAGUGCGUGGAGGGUCCCUAACUGGGCACGCAUGAAAGAGGCAUUGGCUCAUGUAGAGCAGUCGUAUCCUAAGGAGUUAGCCUGGAAGGUUAACUUGUAUCGUGGCUAUCUGGCCAUCUGCCACCCAGAGGAGGAACAUCUCAAGCUGGUAGAGAAGCUGGUAGAGGCAGCAACUGUUCUCUGCAUCAGGGAGUGGAAGAGGCUUCCACAUAUUGUGUCACACAUCCACUUACCGUACCUGCAAGCUGCUCAACAGGUAAUGGAACUGCAAGAAGCCUGCCAGAUCCACCAAGGCCUUGUCCAUGGUCGUACAAAUUCUCUCCAUGACAUGAAGGCCAUUGUCAAGACAUGGCGCAAUCGUUUGCCUGUCAUUGCUGAUGACCUCUCCCAUUGGUCAGACAUCUUCACCUGGCGACAGCAUCAUUAUCAGUUCAUAGUCAAUCAUUAUAAUGACUCCAGUGAAAAUCAGAGCAUGCUAGGUGUUCAUGCCUCGGCACAAGCAAUCAUCCACUUUGGCAAGAUCGCACGGAAGCACAAUCUAAGUAACGUGUGCUUUGAGUCCCUGUCACGGAUCCACACAAUCCCCUCUGUGCCGGUGGUGGACUGCUUCCAGAAGAUCCGGCAGCAGGUCAAGUGCUACCACCAGAUGGCCACUGCAACGGGCAUGGGCAAGAAUGAGCUGCAAGGGGGUCUGGAAGUGAUUGAAUCAACAAACCUAAAAUUCUUCAACAAAGACAUGACAGCAGAAUUCUAUGCAUUGAAGGGCAUGUUUUUGGCACAGCUGGGUCGAAGUGAAGAAGCAAACAAAGCCCUGAGUGCAGCAGUACAGCUGCAUGACACCCUUGUCAAAGCCUGGGCUCUUUGGGGGGAUUACCUGGAGGCCCUCUUCACCCGUGACCCCACACACAUCAACCUUGGGGUCUCUGCCAUCACUUGCUACCUACAUGCAUCUCGGCACCAGAAUGAGUCCAAGUCUCGAAAAUAUCUUGCCAAGGUGCUGUGGCUGUUGAGCUAUGACGAUGAGGCGGGAAGUCUGAGUGAUGCUGUUGAUCGCUAUUGCAUUGGGGUUCCUCCCAUACAGUGGUUACCAUGGAUACCACAGCUCCUCACCUGCCUGGUGCGGCCUGAGGGCAAGGUGAUCAUCAACCUCCUGAACCAAGUGGGUAGGAUGUUCCCACAGGCUGUGUACUUCCCCAUUCGUACCCUUUACCUUACACUCAAGAUUGAACAGAGAGGGCGUAUCAAAAGUGUGGAUCCCUCAGCUGCGACUGCACAGAAGGCCCAGCAAGGCAGCCAGGCACAGCAACAAGGGCAAGGCCAGGCAUCCACGCAGCAGCAGGGACAGCAGGGAGCGCAAAAUGGGCAGCAGCAGGCCACAGAAACUGUGGGAUCUAUCAAGGCGACAGAGCCAAUGUGGAGGUGUUCACGCAUCAUGCACAUGCAGAAGGAACUCCAUCCAACGGUCCUGGCGUCUCUAGAGGGCAUUGUAGAUCAGAUGGUGUGUUUCCGAGAGUACUGGGAUGAGGUAGUGUUACGACAACUCCGCCAAGCACUUGCAAAAUGUUAUGCAGUUGCUUUUGAAAAUUCAGCAGCUGUCUCAGAGGCCAAUAUUACACCACACACCCUCUCUUUUGUGAAGAAACUUGUUUCAACAUUUGGAAUUGGUAUUGAAAAUAUCAGCAGCUCAGUGAGUGGUGGAGGCAGUAUGGCAGUGCAGGCAUCUGAGUCCUUGGCCAGACGUGCCCAGGCAACAGUCCAAGACCCAGUGUUCCACAAGAUGAAAGGCCAGUUCACCACUGACUUUGACUUCUCACAGCUGGGUUCCAUGAAGCUGCACAACCUUAUACACAAGCUCAAGAAAUGGAUCAAGAUUUUGGAGGCCAGGGUGAAGCUGCUGCCCAAGUGGUUCCUGAUUGAAGAAAAGUGUCGUUACUUGAGCAACUUUAGUCUUCAAACAGCAGAGGUUGAAUUACCAGGAGAGUUCUUAUUGCCAAAGCAUUCGCACUACUACAUCCGGAUAGCAAGGUUCAUGCCCAGAGUGGACAUAGUGCAGAAGCACGGUUCUGCAGCCAGAAGGCUCCACAUUCGUGGUCACAAUGGCAGAGUUUAUCCCUACCUUGUGGUUAAUGAUUACUCUCUAAGUGAUGCACGUCGAGAAGAACGUGUCUUGCAGCUGCUAAGGAUGUUAAAUCACUUCUUUGCCAAACAAAAGGAGACGAGUCGCAGGCUAGUCAACCUAAGCAUCAGUCGUGUGGUGGCUGUGUCACCACAGAUGAGACUGGUGGAGGACAAUGUAUCUUCUCUUUCCCUCCUUGACAUAUACAAGCUCCGGUGUGCGAAGAGGCAACUGGAGCCUGACACACCUGUCACGAGAUAUUAUGAGAGGCUGGCAUCUGUGCAGGCGCGAGGUUCACAGGCUUCUCAUCAAGUGCUACGAGAAAUAGUGAAGGAAGUACAGAACGCCAUGGUGCCCAGGUCGAUGCUGAGAGACUGGGCUCUCACUACUUAUCCAAACCCCACUCACUACUGGACGUUUAGAAAAAUCCUCACCAUACAGCUAGCACUAAUUGGGCUUAUGGAAUACCUGCUCCACCUAACCAAGUUGUAUCCUGAUAUGAUGUACAUUCACCAGGACUCAGGGCUUAUCAAUGUUGCCUACUUCAAGUUCAACAUUGAUGAUGCCAAAGGUGAACUGGAUGGGAAUCGGCCAGUGCCAUUCAGGCUGACUCCAAAUCUGGCAGAGCUGGUGACUAGCAUUGGCGUCUCAGGUCCUUUCACAGCCUGCAUGGUGGCCACGGCCAGAUGUCUAGCCACUCCCUCUUUCAAGGUUAAUGCAUUCCUUAGAGCAAUUAUGAGGGAUGAAAUCAUCUCAUGGCACAAGUUCUCUUCCAUUUUCCGGCACCAGCGGCAGGAGGGGGCCAGCGUAGAGGGCUCUCAGGGUACAGGGCCAAUGGAAGGGGAAGCCCUCAUUACUCGUGUUAACAAAGCAGUCACUGCCAUAACCACUCGCAUACAGUCGCUAGCAUCCAGUGAUGGGGCGGACAGCAAGGUGACACAGCUGGUGCGUGCUGUGAACUGUGUGGACAACUUGUGUCGCAUGGAUCCAGCCUGGCAUCCAUGGCUGUAGGUUGUGAGGGGAGAGUUGGGGAUUUUAAUAAAUUAAAUGUUUCAUUUGCCACCAGAAGGGCAAAUUCAGAUCAGCACCUAAUGUUUAGGUGGAUAUUGUGUACAGGAGAAACAGGGACUUUGUACAUAUUACAUAGUGAAUACAUGUAUUGACAGUAAUGCCCUUGGUGUAAUGAUGUUAUGAAUCAACUCUUACUGUCAUAGAUAAUAAUAGACAUUACCAUCCCCUGAUGUUGAAAUGGAAAGGUAUUACUCCACAUAUUUAUUUAUUCCAGUAUGUAGAAAUCAUCUUACAUGUCCUGUCAGCAUUACUCAUCAUGUCAGCUCUCUUCAUUUAAGCUAAUUCACAUAUGAAUGACAUUUUGCUGUGGCAGUUAUCAUUUCAUGUUACAAAUCUCAUGUGAUCAUUGUUUUAUACAAGUAGUUUUAUACAUAGAUUAUAUAUAAAUUUCCAAAUAUAG